AUGCCAAUUCGUAAAGAAACUACACGUCAUCAUCUUAGAGAUAUAAUACACAAGGAAAGGAUUCAAAAAGCAAAAGAACGUAGAAUCAAACGGAAACAACGAAAAGAAAGUGGUGCACCGGCAGGAAUUCCUCAAACUCUUGAAUCACUUAGAACAGUUGAUGAAACAAUCGUUCCUAAAGAUGAUGAAGAAGUUGUCAUUGAACAUGAAACGGAUGAGUUUUCAUCUAUUUUUAGUGGAGAAAUUACUCCUAAAAUUUUGUUGACUCAUUCUGAUCGUGUUUGUCCUAGGACAAUCGGAUUUUGUAAAGAACUAAGUAUGGUCAUUCCAAAUGUUCAUCUUGUUGCACGUUGGCAUUUACCUCUUAAAAAAAUUAUCCCUAUGGCUAUUGAACGUCAAUUCACUUGUUUAAUAAUUGUUAAUGAAGAUCAGAAAAAAAUUAAUACUCUAAUAGUUAGUCACUUACCAAACGGGCCAACAGCUACAUUUCGCCUAACUAAUGUGUUACUUCGUCGUGAAAUGCGUUCAGCUAAAAGAGUCAAAUAUAUUGAAUCGAAUAUAAUACCACAUUUGAUCACUACACGUUUUAUGACACGUCUUGGUCUACGUACUGAACAUUAUAUCUUUUUUCGACAUUAUCGUUAUAUACAUCGUGAUACAACUGAUGUUCAUAACGAUGAUGAUAAUGAAAAUGAAGGUAAACAUAAUACAGAACAUAUCGCAAUGAAUGAAGUUGGACCAAAAUUCACAUUGAAAUUACGUUCAAUUCAACUAGGUACUUUCGAUAGUCAAUAUGGUAAUUAUGAAUGGGUUCGUAAACGAACAGAAAUUGGUAGAAGUCGGCGAACAUUUAUCUUAUAG